AUGGAUGCUAACGGUACAUCUCCAUCGUCUCAGCCCCCCCCGUGGCCGUCAACCGAGACUGCGGUGCCUUUGAGAGGCUCACUGUCUGGUGCCAAUAAGCCCACGGGUCUAUUCACCACCGCUCAGCAGUCACCACAUUCUAACCUUCUUGUUGCUCAAGGUCCAACAUCGCAACCUUCUGGCUCAAUGCCGGCCUGGAAUCCUGCAGCCUUGCUUCAACCAAGCCGUCGAGGCUUCAGCGCCACUGAUUUGAGAAAUCUUCCUUCCGGCCGUCCUCAGCCCAUGUACAACAAUCAUGCGCCAAACGGCCACAGCAGAGCAUCGCCGUCGGCGAAUGACCAGAUGGUCUUUCAGUUUACAAGUGCUAGUGACACUUCGUCCAACGGCCAUGUCAGCGCGUCUUCCACCCCUACCCCUCCAAAUGGUGAGACGUCCGCCUCCAAUCCCAACGGCGUAGGGCUCUGGAUUGAGCGCAUGAAUAACGUUCAGCGUCGUUCCAACGUCCCCCAUCCGAAACGCCGCAAGACAGAGGACCCCCAAGACUUUGCUGCUAGAGCCAGCAACAUGUCCAUCCGAGGCAGCAGCGGCAUGUUGGGCGACUACGUGAGAGACAGGCGGCAGGAGACUCACGGGAGCAGCCGGCUCCCCAAGGCGCAGGCGCCUACUGUAGAUCUUACUAAUGGCACAGAUGAUGAAGUCAUGGUCCUUGAUGAUCCAAAGGAUGAGGAGGUGUGCUAUGGAAUGAUCAAAACCAGUCUCAACUGCAGCAAGGUGCCAUCACCCAAGCCAGGAAUGCAAAGCCUUUGGGGCCCCGGGUAUAACCCUGGCAUCAAGAUAUUACUGAAACGACAAAGUGGCGAAAGAACGUUGAAAAUUCAGGCCUGUGACCACACUCGUGAAAUCAUCGGUCUUGUCGAGUCGUCGUGUGCCGCAGCGCUCACUCCUCUCCUUGACACAAAUAUCCGUUUGCGGACAGAUUGCCGCAUACCGCCCCAUCAAAAGAACCCCGGCGAGGAGCCUGGGCAGGCAAUCUCAAGAGCAUACAACUUGGAUGUAGUUCUCUAUGGUCCCCAGAGGUACGCCAGGUCGGUUGGUGCCUUGCUGAGCAAGCACAACUUGAAGCUUAUUGCCCCGCACAUGGUGCAGAAGGGCAUUAAAGUGCUCAAUCCUCAUGUCUCGGAAUGGCGACCACCUCCGCCAAAGGUUUACCCAACCAACGCCCAAGGUACAUUCACAAGCGUCGCCAACCGAACCGUGGAGGAGAUUCGCUCCCAGGUCAUGGGUGUUUUUGAUUCUCUCAAGAGAAAUGACGACCUCCCGACAAUGGACCCAGAUCUGCGAGUUCUCACGCCUCUACUUAAGCAUCAGAAGCAAGGUCUUUACUUCAUGGCCACCAGGGAGAAGUCGCUCCAGGUGCAGUCGACGGAAAAGGGCAUGGUCUCAUUUUGGCAGACCAAGGUAAAUGCGAGAGGCGAGAAAUUGUACACCAAUGUCAUCACUGGCCAAGAACAGAGAGCGCCACCACCAGAAACUUGCGGUGGCAUCCUCGCCGACAUGAUGGGUCUUGGAAAAACGUUGAGUAUCCUCUCCUUGGUCUCGAGCACCAUAGAUGAGUCUCACAAGUGGGAGAAAGCUCCCAUCGUUCAACGGCCAAGAAUGGACCCAAGACUGUCUAGCAAUGGCCAUUCUGCCAUUCAGAAUAACUUCGAGCCCGCCGCAGUCACUCGUCACGUCAAAUCAACAUUGAUUGUGUGCCCGCUCAGCACUGUGACCAACUGGGAGGAGCAGAUGAAACAACAUAUCGUUGCCGGCGGUCUUUCAUACCACAUCUACCAUGGCUCCAAUCGGAUCAAGGACGUGAAUAAACUUGCCGAAUUCGAUAUUGUCAUUACCACCUACGGAUCCGUCUCCAACGAGCUAGGUUCUCGCCGCAAGGGAAAAGACGGCAUUUAUCCUCUGGAAGAAAUUGGUUGGUUUCGAAUCGUUCUUGACGAGGCACAUAUGAUCCGCGAAUCAUCAACGCUUCAGUUCAAAGCCAUGUGUCGGUUACAAGCCGAACGACGCUGGGCAGUGACAGGAACGCCUGUGCAAAACCGCCUAGAUGACCUUGCCGCUCUGCUGAGCUUUUUGCGACUGCACCCAUUUGAUGAUCGGUCCAAAUUCAACCGCUACAUCGUUGAACCUUUCAAGGCAUGCGACCCCGAGAUUGUGCCAAAGCUACGAGUCUUGGUCGACACAAUCACCCUUCGUCGCCUAAAGGAUAAGAUCGAUCUUCCCAAACGCGAAGACUUGGUUAUCCGAUUGAACUUCAGCCCCGAUGAACGCUCCGUUUACGAAUUGUUUGCGCGCAACGCCCAAGACCGGGUUAAGGUCCUGGCUGGUGUCAAGGAUGGAAAAGCCCUAGGAGGAAAUACAUAUAUUCACAUUUUGAAGGCCAUUUUGAGACUACGACUUCUCUGCGCACACGGCAAAGACCUGCUGAAUGAGGAGGAUCUGGCUGCCCUACGUGGCAUGUCAGCUGAGAUGGCAAUCGACAUUGAUGACGAUGACGAAGAUGGACCUGCUCUAUCACACCAGAAAGCCCAUGAAAUGUUCUCUCUCAUGCAGGACACAAACAACGAUGCUUGUAUCGAAUGUAGUAAGAAGCUGAACGCUAACGAGGGCCAGAAUCUCGAUGCUGAACAGCAGGAUGAUAUCCUUGGCUAUAUGACACCUUGCUUUCACGUGGUUUGCCGAAACUGUUGUCGAAACUAUCGCGAACGAGCUCAACAGUUCCUCGCACCUGGCCAGAAUACUGGCCCAUGCUUGAUUUGCGGUUCUCAUGUCCGCCUGGAGUUUGUCGAGCUUCGCCGCGACGACGUGGAUGCCGAGCACGACGGGCCUGCCAAAUUGAAGGCCAAAGACACCAGGAAGAGGUUUGACAGAUACGAUGGCCCACACACAAAGACCAAGGCACUCGUUGAAGAUCUCUUAAAGUCCAAGACCGCCAGUCAAGCAAACCCGGAUGAGCCCCCUUUCAAAUCAGUAGUUUUCUCGGGGUGGACGUCCCACCUUGACCUUAUAGAACUGGCCCUCAAUGCUGCAGGCAUCACUUUCGUACGGCUGGAUGGCAGCAUGACCCGAAUCGCACGAACCACCGCCAUGGAGAAAUUCCGCGAAGACAGCACCGUGGAAGUUAUCCUUGUGUCGAUUAUGGCGGGCGGUCUUGGUCUCAAUUUGACGGCUGGCAACAACGUCUACGUCAUGGAGCCGCAGUACAAUCCCGCCGCGGAAGCCCAAGCCAUAGAUCGAGUUCACCGCCUGGGACAGAAACGGCCCGUCCGAGCGGUGCGAUACAUUAUGCAGGAUAGCUUUGAGGAGAAGAUGCUUGAGCUGCAAGAGAAGAAGAUGAAGCUAGCUAGUCUCAGCAUGGACGGCCAGAGCAAGGCGUUAGACAAGGCCGAGGCCGCGAGACAGAAGCUGAUGGAUUUACGCAGCCUGUUCAAGUAG